AUGGAAAACAUCCCCAAAGACAUCUACACGGAACCUGAGCCGGCAGUCGAUACGCUCGCCAAUCUGGGACCGCUCACCGGCAUGGCAGGCAUAUGGGUGGGCACGCACGGCCUCGACGUCAAUCCGAAGCCCAACGGCCCCGAAAAGCAGGCUUUCAUCGAACACAUGGAGUUGCAGCCGAUCGAUGCACAGACCAAUGGGCCGCAAUUGUUCUACGGACUGAGGUACCACACGCGGAUCGUCAAGCCUGAUGACGUCGAGACAUUCCACGACCAAGUCGGCUAUUGGCUAUGGGAACCGGCGACGGGCACCGUGAUCCAGACGCUUUCGAUACCGCGCGGACAGGCAGCGAUGGCCGUCGGCCGUGCCGAGGCCGAUGCGAGAACGUUUCGCCUCGAGGCUGUCCGCGGGUCCGAAACAAACGGGAUCGUGUCAAAACCCGUUCUUGGAAUAUGCGUCAGAACGAAGAGCUACAUCAUCACGGUUGCGAUCAAUGUCGAUGGAACGCCAGGCGGAGCCGUUCCACCAUACGGAUCGCAACACGCUCCGGAAGGUCGGAGAGCCUACGCCCAAUCCGACGGCGCAAGCGGCAGCGACCAAACUCCGGAAAUCCUAGGGCCAGGGAUGAGCCCUAACAUUCAGCUCAACACGGACCUGUCGCGGCAAGCCGCGCCAGCCCGGUUAGCUGCACGUUAG